AUGGCCUCCGGCUCUUUGCCCAUGCGUGUCAGUUUAAAAGUACAGUGAGUUCUCUCCAUUCUUCAUUAUUACAUCUCCUGCAGGGACUCAACAGCUGAGAGCUUCUCUCCUCUGACUAAACAACUAAAAUGGCAUUAAAUGGUAAAAUUGCAAUAGUGACCGGAGCAGUGGGGGGAAUAGGAAAAGCAAUGACUGAGAUGCUCCUGCAAAAUGGUGCCAAGGUAGCCCUCCUGGAUGUGAAAGAAACUGAAGGAAAGAAUUUAAUGGAAGCCCUUGAGAAAGUGUACGGACGGGAGAGAACUUUGUUACACAUCUGUGAUGUUGAAUCAGAGGAGCAGGUGAAAGCUGCCUUUCAGAACACCAUUGAAACCUUCGGAGGAAUAGACAUCCUGUGCAACAAUGCCGCAAACGGGAAUGAGACUGCGUGGGAGAAAACUGUCUCCACAAACCUUGUGGGGGUUAUCAGGGGGACUUACCUGGCUCUGGAGCACAUGAGCAAGUUGAGUGGAGGUCGGGGAGGGGUCAUCGUCAACACUUCAUCCAUGGCAGGUGUCAGUCCUGUAUUAAGCUUUCCUGUCUACACGGCCACCAAGCACGGAGUGGUCGGCUUCACUCGAGCCAUGGCGGCUGCCUCUGCUGCAUCAGGCUACGGUAUUCGGGUCAAUGUCCUUUGCCCAGGUUGUGUCCAAACUGAAAUCUUCUCUACCAGUACAACCAAUCUGGGGCCAUAUUCCCACCUGGCUGAUGAAACCAAACAAUUACUAGAAAAGCGUGGGGUGGUAACUGCAUCUGAGGUAGCAGACUGCCUCCUCGAGCUGCUGACAGAUGAGACGAAGAAUGGAGAGGCCCUCCUGGUGUUACCACAAGGAAGGAAAUACAUGACUUUUCCCUCAUUGAUCUAGUAGCUCUUGACAGUGAGAAACAACACCAUCAUACAGAAUCAACCGUUAGACUAAAUCUUGUCAUCAAAACUGUAAUGUCUCUCAGUGCGGUGAUGUGCAAAGUAAAAAACAUGUCUUAAAGGAUCAGUGUGUAAGAUUUAGGGGGAUAUUGGCAGAAAUAUUGGCGGAAGUUGAAUGUAACAUUCAUAAGUAUGAUUUCUUCAUUCUUAAUGUUUUCUUCUUCUUAAUGGUGUAUUUUGUUCCAGUGGAGCUGCUUCAUAUACUGCUAGGUAGUUUCAGCUAUAAUAAUGAAUCAUAUUUUAUAUGUCAUAAGUUUUGUAUGUAAAAUCGUGAUCUGGAAGUAACAAGUAACUAUCUGUUAAAUGUGAAAAACAGAGUAAAAAAAUAUAAUGGUGUGUAACAGCUCAGGAAAUGCAGGACAGGACUCAAAUGUAGACGAAGGCAGGCAGGAUGAUUUAAGAGAUUUAUUGAUAAGACAGGCUUACAGACAUUAACUUGUAGGAAGGCAGGCAGACAUAUACAGAUAAUCAGACAGGGAGGUUUUGGUUCUGGUCUGUGAUUUUUGAUGCUGCUGUCUUUGACUUUUUGGACUUGGUUCAAUGAAGUGUUUAUUUGUGAACCACAUUGAGUCACGCCUGAUGAGUCUAUUACCAUUGUGUGUGUUUGCCACUGAUAAUCUGUAGUUAGAUUACUUUUGUUUCAACACAAUUAAAAAUUAAACCAUAAUGAAGUUAGGCAAUAAACUGAUGGCCUCCGG